GUCGACUUCAUCCCGGGCUGCAUCUUCAUUACAUAAAUUCUCUCCAUCACCCGUAUUCCUCUCCGUCACCGGCAACGUCUCCAACUGUUAUCGAUGCUCACUGCGUCGACGGUUUCCUCAACCGCUGUCCAAGACUUACUCUCAAAGUGCAAAACAUUCGGACACAUCAAGCAACUCCACGCCCACAUCCUCCGUACAGUGUCCGGCCAUCGCCGCAACACCUUUCUCUUCAACCUCUCCUCUUCUUCUUCCUCAAUCAAUCUCAACUACUCUCUCUCCCUCUUCACAUCUAUCCCCUCUCCCCCGGAACCCUUCCUCUUCAAUCUCCUUCUCCGGAACCUCUCUCGUUCCGAUGAACCUAGAGCCACGAUCCUCUUCUACCAGAGGAUCAGACACGCCGGCGGUCGCCUCGAUCAAUUCAGUUUCACUCCGAUUCUUAAAGCAGCCGCCAAAGUCUCCGCCUUGUUCGAGGGUACAGAGCUUCACGGCCUUGCCUUGAAGUUAGCUACGCUUUCCGACCCGUUCGUAAAGACUGCUGUUAUGGAUAUGUACGCGUGUUGCGGCAAAAUCGUCGAGGCCCGUAAGGUGUUCGACGAAAUGCCCCAGAGAGAUGUUGUUACGUGGAAUACUAUGAUUGAGAGGUAUUGCCGAUGUGGAUUUUUAGAAGAAGCUUUCAAGCUUUUUGAGGAGAUGAAGUGUUCUAAUGUUAUGCCUGAUGAGAUGAUUCUCUGUAACAUUGUCUCCGCAUGUGCUCGUUCUGGGAAUACGAGAUAUAACAGCCCGAUUUACGAGUUUUUGAAAGAGAAUGACGUUAGGAUGGACGCUCAUUUGCUUACUGCUCUUGUAACCAUGUAUGCUGGAGCAGGCUGUAUGGAUAUAGCAAGGGAGUUUUAUAUGAAGAUGUCGGUGAGAAGCUUGUUUGUUUCAACCGCCAUGGUUUCUGGGUUUGCAAAAGCUCGGAGGCUCGAUGAUGCACGGGAUAUAUUUGACCGAAUGGAGAAGAAAGACUUGGUGUGUUGGACGACGAUGAUCUCAGCUUACGCUGAGAGUGAUCAUCCUGAAGAAGCUUUAAGAGUUUUCGAUGAAAUGCGUCGCUAUGGGACAGAGCCUGAUGAGAUUGCAAUGGGGAGUGUUGUAUCAGCUUGUGCGAGCCUCGGUGUUCUGGAAAAAGCGAAAUGGGUUCACGAGUACACUCAUCGUAACGGGUUUGAGUCCUCUUUGACGGUAAACAAUGCUCUCAUUAACAUGUAUGCGAAAUGUGGAAGUUUGGAUGCAGCGAGAGGUGUGUUCGAGGAGAUGCCAACGAAGAAUGUAGUGUCAUGGAGCUCUAUGAUCAACGCCUUUUCUAUGCACGGGGAAGCCAAUGAUGCGCUUGCCUUAUUUGCCAGAAUGAAACAGGAAAAUGUCGAGCCCAACGAUGUUACUUUUGUAGGAGUGCUAUAUGGUUGUAGCCACUCAGGGUUAGUGGAAGAAGGCAAUAAGAUCCUUGCAUCGAUGACUGAUGAAUACAACAUUACUCCUAAGCUCGAGCAUUAUGGAUGCAUGGUGGAUCUCUUUGGCCGUGCUAAUCGUUUACCAGAAGCUCUUGAGGUUAUAGAAUCAAUGCCAAUGGCGCCUAACGUAUUCAUAUGGGGAUCAUUGAUGUCAGCUUGUAGAGUUCACGGAGAGCUUGAGUUAGGCGAGUUUGCAGCCAAACGCGUCCUCGAGCUGGAACCUGAUCAUGACGGGGCGCUUGUGUUAAUGUCGAAUAUCUAUGCGAGAGAAGAGAGAUGGGACGAUGUGAGGAAGGUAAGGCGAGGAAUGGAAGAAAAGAAUGUGUUCAAGGAGAAAGGUGUUAGCCGGAUUGACUUAAACGGGGAAUCACACGAGUUUCUCAUUGGUGACAAAAGGCAUAAGCAAUCAGAUGAGAUUUCUGCGAAGCUAAAAGAGGUUGUAAGUGAACUGAAGCUGGCGGGUUGUAUUCCAGACUAUGGUAGUGUUUUGGUGGAUGUAUAGGAUUAGGAGGAAGAAAAGAAGAUUUUGAUUCUAUGUCGUUGCAAAAGGCUCGCGCUCUAGUUCAGUUUGAUGCAUAGGGAGUGAGAAGAAGAGAAAGGCUUGAGCGUAAUUAUUCGGAUAGUGAAGGAUUGUCACAAGUUCUUCAAGAUUGGUCUCUAAAGUGUAUGAACGGGAGAUUAUAACGAGAGAUCAAACUAGGUUUCACGGUUAUAAAGACCGCUUGUGUUCUUGCAGAGAAUGGAUUCUGGUGAUGGGCAAUAAUCUCAUAAGUUCUCUGUUCUAUUUGGAACAAAACAAUAUAUUAAUUUCUUUUUUUGUGUAUAUAAUUCUAGAGAAUUUGCACUA